GUGUGUGUGUGUGUGUGUGUGUGUGUGUGUGUGAGAGACAGAGAUUGAGGUGUUCGUGCAGCAGUGGCUCAAGGUUAAAGACAAAAGCACUGGAAAUGUCUUGGGGGGAGCUAAGUGGAGCAUAAGCCAAUGGGAAGUGGAACAGUAGGAGUCGCGACAAUCUUGGUGCCCCCCCACGGGAACGAGGAAACGAGAACGAGCCGGUAACCAGGACAAGACGGGGUACUAAAAAAAAAAGGGGGCGGAAGAAAAGGGUUAGAGAGACUCAUUCAGAAACAUGAGCAGAAACUGACUUUAAAAUGAAAUAUUAGACAUAACGAGAGUAAACAGACUUCAUCGUUGUCUUUCAGAAUGUCCUGCGGUUUAUUAGUGUUACAUACACUUUGAUUAGAGUCACCCAGUCAGCAUUGAUUCAAAUAGUUCAUGCUUCGGCUCAGAAUGCUCUAAGCCUUGUCAUGUACAUGUCGUCCGAUAAGACAAGCCUCCAAAUGUUGAGCUCAUUUAUUGAUAUGAGAACUUCUUUUCCACCUCACUCUUUCCUGUCACUCUGCGGGGAGGACUCCAUCGGGAUCGUAUUAUAUUUUCAGUGAUGGUGCAGCUGCUCGGUAUGCUGCGUGGAGCAGGGCUCUCCUUCGUGUGCUCGGAGGGAAGACUCAGCAACCAGCAAGGCCAAUAAAGGAGGCCUCACUCCAGUCUGAUAGAUAAGGCUAAAAAUAGCCCUGCGACUCCCCGAGCGGGGAUUAUACUUCAUCAAUGCCAGGCGGGCGGGGGCGCAGAGGAAUGGUUUAGAGUAGAGCGGGCACCCGGUGAGUAUCUAUUGUCACUGGACAAAUGCCAGUGCCACCUCUGUUUUUCUAGAAGUAGAACUGGGGUGGCAGGUUUGCCUCUCUGGAGACUGUGGAAGCCAACAUGACGGAGGGAGGAAGCUGACUGUGUUUUUGUUUGCUUGCAUUUGGGUUUGAUUGGACUGGAUGUGGGGUGGGGUGGUUUGGGAUGUGGUGCUUAGCUGGUACACAGACUUUAUUAAAAAUCUUUAUUGCAGGUUCGUGCAGCACUGUUGCAGGCUGGGAAGUAUUGUAGGUGGAGGGAACAGAGAGAACGUCUCACCUGGCUACAUGUGUGGAAGGAAAGAGAUGAUUUGGUACUUUUAAAGGUGUCACAUAUGCUGCAAAGGGCUACUUCGACGCUCUGGUGCGGAUGGGCGAGAUGGCCAGCGAAAGUCAAGGCUCUAAGGAUCUUGAGGAGGCAGCAUGGGAGGUGCUCUUUCAGAUGGCUGAAGUGCACAGACAGAUCCAGAUCCAGCUUGAAGAGAUGCUGAAGUCUUUCCACAACGAGCUGCUCACAGAGCUGGAGAAGAAGGUCGAGUUGGACGCACGCUACCUGAAUGCUGCGCUGAAGAAGUACCAGACGGAGCACAAGGGCAAAGGGGAGAGUUUGGAGAAGUGCCAGGCGGAGCUGAAAAAACUGCGCAGAAAGAGCCAGGGCAGCAAGCACCCGUCCAAGUAUGGAGACAAGGAGAUGCAGUUUGUGGAGGCCAUCAGCAAUAAGCAGAGCGAGCUGGACAACUACAUCGCCGAGGGCUACAAGAACGCUCUGUCCGAGGAGAGGAGGAGGUACUGCUUCAUGGUGGACCGGCAGUGUGCCGUGGCCAAGACCAGCAGCGUCUACCACAGCAAGGGGAAGGAGCUUUUAUCCCAGAAGAUCCCGGUGUGGCAGCAGGCGUGUGCCGAGCCCAACAAACUGCCCGAUCGAGCCAUGUUCCUGGCCCAGCAGAUGAGCGGUGUAGCGGGCGCCAUGGUUCCCGGUGCUCAUCAUCCAGUCAUCUCCGAGCCCAUCCCUGGUGCUAAACCUCUGCCGGUACCCCCAGAGCUGGCAGCCCUCAGGGCCAGCGGGGGCAUGGGACAGCAGAGGAUGUUGGGAGGUGUGGAAGGAGGGAUGCCGGCGAUGAACGGCACAGCGGGCGCUCACGGAGGAGAGGACUACCACCAGUGGAUGGAGGGCAAGGUGGCCCAGGGCAAGGCCUCACCACAGACGCAGCGGCACGGAGGGGAGGUCUACUCCAACACCCUGCCUGUGCGCAAAGUCGCCCCCGCCAAGAGCAAGACCACACUGACGGAGACCCGCACGCUGCCCCGGUCCAGCUCCAUGGCAGCGGGGCUGGAGAAAAACGGGAGAACUCGAGUCCAGGCCAUCUUCUCCCACGCGGCCGGUGACAACAGCACCCUGCUCAGCUUCUUUGAGGGCGAUGUGAUCACCCUGCUGGUCCCCGAGGCCCGCGAUGGGUGGCACUACGGGGAGAAUGAGAAGACGAGGAUGCGUGGCUGGUUUCCCUUCUCCUACACCCGGGUGAUCUCUGAUGGCGACACCAACUCCAUGAGGCAACUUCGAGUACACAACCUCCACGGGAAGAGCAGCAGCACAGGCAACCUUCUAGAGAGAGAGGACAUGGCUCUCCCCGUCCCUGAUUACGGCAUCCACUCCCGUAUGGCGGCACAGAGCGCUGCUGCGCUGCAUGGCAGACAACAACGCCCCUACAGUGUGGCCGUGCCAGGCUUCUCACAGCAAGGGGUUGAAGAGUACGAGCCCCGCUUCCCCUCAAGCAACGAUCCACCCAUCGAGCCGGCCGUGGAGGCCCCGGCCAAACCGCCCCUUUCUGAUGAUGAGGAGGAGGAAGUCGAGGAAGACCUGCCUGAUGAAGCUCACUAUGACUCCGUGGAGAAGGCCUCGACUCCCUCGGGGGAGUACUGAGCUCGCCUUCAGUUCAAACCAGCUGCAGGUGGAUCACUGGUGCAUAAUUGCAUCUUCUCUCCUCAGCUGUAAAGCUCUGAUUCAACCACAGAAUUAUAAUCGUGCUUCUAUAUAAUACAAAUGAUUACGAAGGUCACCACAACAAUUCACACUUGCAGUAAUCUCUGUCAUAGUUGAGACAUAAUAUAAUGUAACUAACAGCUAGCAUUGAUUUAUGAAUGAUCUUCUAUGGAAAGCACAUUGAAAGCCAGAAGCUUUGCCAUUGAUUGUUUUUCUCUGAGUUGUAAUUCUGUAAAGACGAGCUCACAUUCAUGGGUAAUGGUGUCGGACAGCAGUGGAGCCGUUUCACUUUAAAACGUACAAGGUUGAUGAUGUGAACUCAGGAUCUGCAGCUGGUCUGAGAAGUCACCCAACGACAUCUCUGUGCUUUUACAACACAGCUUCUUCCCCCUGCCGUGUCAACAGGAGGGCUCUGAUGUUGGUAAGCUGUACAUCUCAUCAGGUGUUUCACCUUUUAGCCUCACCUGUUAAUACUGCCCCCUCACUGUCUGGACCGAGAUGGAUCAUCUACAGUACGACGAGUCAGAUGUUUCAGCCGAUGAUUGAGAGAAACGAAUACUGAAAAUAGACAAACAUCAGCAGCAUCUGUGAAAUAUAUUUGUGCUGAGUGAUGGCAUCGAUGAUCACACUACUCAUAGAACUAUAUGUUCAACUUAUUGUCUACUCACAGGAGAUCCUAUGUUCUUUAAUAAUAGCUAUGAGCAGCAGUGAUAAUGUCCUGUGCUGGUUCUCAGAUUACACUGAUUUAAUGUUUGAUUAAUAUUGUGCACAAGCAGUUUGUAAGAUCUUCUUAAAGCAACAUUUUCAAAAGAGAAAUUAAAUAAUACAAUCAGCAAGAGAAAGAAUUAUUAAUUUAUGUUUAAGAUAACUUUGACAUAGUGAGACAAGAAAUCCGGAUUACACUGAUACAGGUUGUAAUUUGUUGGACUGAGAUGAUAUAUAAAACAUAAAUGUCACUUUCCUCUGGUAUUUGGCCGUGCAGAUGGUAUGGAUUUAGUUUUGAGAUACAUCCGUCUCCUAGAUUUCAGACUCCACCCUAACAUACAGUCUAGUGUACGUUCAACAGUUUUCUGAAGACGUAGUCCCAAUUAAAACAGUUUUCUGUGGAUUAUCUAGAGCUACAAGAACACUGUUUCUGUUGGAUUAUUUUUAUUUGCUGAAUAUUUCAACGCUGGUGAAGACAGGAAUGGCAGAGGUGUAUAUCUUUAAACCUGGAUAACACAUAGACACCACUACAGGUGAAUCAGAUGUGCGUUUUCAUAGUUUAAGUGAACCUUUGCUUUAAUUCCACUCCCUGUUAAAACAGACUGCUGAGAUUCAAGAGUGUAACCGUUAGUGGAAAUAACUGUCUAGUGAAGAAGUCCCCUUCACAAUUCAUGAAAUGAAGACUAAGGUUUGAGAAGUUGAAAGUAUGUUUUAAAAAUGUAAAACGCUUUUAAAACUGAACUGAUCAAGAUUUUAAUGUACUCAAAAAAUGAGCUUCAUAUUUAAUAUGUUGGCAGCAUAAUGCUUUCGAUUUUACAAAUGUUCUCAAAGUUUUGAAACUGGUUUUGCAGAAAAAGACAAAACAAAAUCCUGGUCAAAUGAUAAAACCUGUAUCGGUGUAAAACAUGAAGACUAAUGCAAUACAAAUAUGACUGACAGUCAAACAUGUAUCAUGUGAUUUGUCUGUUUUUCAGUUUAAUUCUGAGAAUAAAGAAUCAAGUAAUUGCCCACAUUGUGCUGUAUGUCUUGUAUGUGUUGCUGGGAUCAGACUGAUAUUUGUGUCUUUCAAGAUGUCUUCUGUGUCAGAUCAGAUGAUCAAAGACAAACUUUCUUGCCUUGAAUUAUUUGAAAACGUGCGUGACCUGUAUAGGUGAUCACAAUGAUGCUGUUCCACCUAACAGAACAAAAAAUGAAAUGGGCUUCCAUAGCAUUGACAUAGGCACAGCUAAGGGAGCAAUUUUGGGGUUAAGCCGGGUAUCGAACCGCCAAUCCUCUGAUAGGAUGACCCUGCUCUCCACUUAACCAUAGUAGCCAACAGCUGCUGUGUAGCAUGUCGAAAAAGUCAUAAAAAGUCACAGUAUAGCAUGUCGAAAAAAGUCAUA